AUGGGCCAUAUCCAGGGAGAGAUGCGUAUGUAUCUAAACCACGAGCUUCAGGCCGCAGAACUAUUUCAAGGUCGAGACCAGAAAACGCUCCACCAGAAGAAAGAGAUUCAUAGGAUGCUUUUAGAGCAACCGGACUGCAGCUUUUACACCAUCCAAGAAGCCCUUGGCGAUAUCAAAGAGCUCGUAUCGUCAGGGGGGUCGGAGGCAGAACUUAUGAAGCUCCUAGCCAAGUUCAGUUUAGAUCCGAUAUCAAGACUAAAGGAGGAUAUUAACAAAUUGGAAACCCAGUUGAAAGGUAGACAGGUGGACGAAAUAAACGAACUACUCGCGUGGGUUAUCUUCGGGAAACGGGUUCUUACGAUUGAGGAGUUAGAUGCUGCGUUGUUCCUUCGAUUUAAGAGAGACAUUAUCGAACGACUUGAUAGGUUGCAAGAUGAUGAGAUUGCCGACUGCGUAGUGAAGCAACGAGAAACCCCCCGGAUGACAGACGAUCCACCAAGAAUCAGCGCCACCAUCACCAUCACCAAUGUAGACCGCACAACCGUUCAACGGUUUCUAUGGGAUCUCAAUACUUAUUCAACUCUGGAUAAAUUCUCUUUCCAGCAGGGCUCGGACAACUCGAAUUCUCCGAAGGGUCAUAUACAAGUCAAUGAGGUUGACUCCCAUCUCCAUAUUGUAAAACUGACGUUUGAAUUCCUUCACCAUCUUAAAGUCUUGUACGAAGCUACCGGCUUAGACGUCAUUGGGCCAAAUGACAAGAGAGAGAUUGGAAGGGGUAUUUAUGACCUCUUCGACGAUGUGGAGAUAGUUGAAAGACAUUGGGAUAGCUGGGGAGCGACAUGGUUCAGAAGCUCUGAGCAGACAUCAAUAUUCUGGAAGUGGCUACAAGACCCAGUAGCCAUCAGUAGCUUAUCGAGAAAUGACAAGAAGCUCUUGGUUAAUGCGAGAUCGGACGAAAAUCCUGACCGUAAGCUAUUUACACCUAUUUUGACACAUAUAGCUCAUAUUUGGUUGCAAACUCGAAAGGGGGCACCUAUUGUUGCGUUCAGCUGGAUACGCGGGUUUCUUUCUUUGGGCAUACCUAAGAACGAUAGCGACAGCGAUGGAAAAGAUAACAAAACAUCGAAUGAUACGAACGCCGGUGAAUCAGCAGGAUCUUCGCGCUACGACAAAGACUCGGAAGCAGUAUACAUGGCUGAGAAAUGGGCCGAGACCGUGCUUGGACCUCCAGAAAGUAACUCACUAUGGUGCGAGCGAAUAGGAGAGACGUUUAGAAACAUGGGAAAUCAUACAAAAGCACACGACUAUUUCAUACUGGCGGCUGGGGUGCCUGACGCAAAUUGGACCGCAUUCGAAGGUUCGGCCGAAUGCUACUAUCAUCAAGACGACGUAGUUAAUGCUUGUAUUAUGAUAAAAAAGGCUGAAGAAAUACUGGAACACCAGGGGGAGCCUGGAAAAUCUGACUUGAUUGAUAUCCGAAUGCGUCUCGCAGGAUGGUAUGCCAGCCUCCAACAACGAGACGACGCUUUACGCUGCUGCGAGGCCGCCUACAAUCUAGACCCUAGCGAUACGAAGGCGCAAUGUCUCUUAAUGAGGCAGUACCUUAAACAUGGGAAAAAGAAGGAGGCCCAGCAGAUCCUAUCCAAAGCUGCAGCAUGUGAUCCAAGCGAGCUCAGGCCCAUGCUAGAAUUCAUCGUGGAAGAGGAGGUAGACGAAGAGCCUUAUCCGUCAUUUUUCUGGAAUAUUAUCCGCAACUGCGAGUCGGUAGGCUCUUUGGAUAUCCUCUUACAGGACCUGGAGACAGCCAUCAGCGAUACAAAAGCGGACGGGAACUACUAUCACAUGUCCCACUUCCUGCUAGAGAACUUGACGUGGCGCUGGGAUCGAGUCCGCAUAUUUCGCAGAGCAAGCCGGGUGCUAAGCUGGCACCAUUUCGAAAAGCUGAGGGAAGCGCCAGAAAGCGAAAGACACGUCGCUGAGCUAGAACGUCUGGUGACCGAGCAAUACCAGAUCAACCCGGGUCUGUCCGCCGCUAAGUGCUACCUAGCAGUUUAUUACACAUCGCGGAACGAGAAGGAAAAAGCUAGGAAAGUCUUCCUGUCCGACAUGGGAACAGCGUUCAGGAUACUCUCCGACAACACGUCUAUCAACGACUGGGAAGGAUACUCUAUCCUCGCCGAUAUCAUGCUCUACACCGGCGACGAGGCGAACUCGACGGCAGCAUCCUGGCAACUAGCACCAGCCGUCAUCAACGCCGAUAUCAUAGCAGCACUGCUAAAGUCCGAGGAAUCUAUCACCAGAGAACCCGUGGUCACGGCGAUCCUACGCAUCUUCAACUCCUCCAGCCACCAAGAACACGACCCAGAAAAAUCAAUCAAACUGCUAAUCGACGAGACUAGCAAGCUAGCCCGACUAGCGGCAGAAAAAGACGAAGAAUUCCUCGAGAGGCAGUACCUCGCCGCCCGCUCGCUCCUCGAGGCGCACGAGCUGGUGAUACAGCAGGACUUCCAGUACAUAUGCGACGGGUGCGAGAGCCGGCGAUGGGGAUUCGAAAACGCGAUGAACCCGUGCAAGUUCUGCUACAACACGGGGUUCUGCGACGGCUGCCUCGCCGACCUGAAGGCGUCGUCGUCGUCGUCGUCCCCGGCGGGACAAUGGCACGUGUGCGAUCCGCACCACGAAUGGCUUCGCCUGCCGAGAUGGGAGGUGGAUAGAUAUGUGCGGGCCUGUAAGCGGAUCGUCCAAGUCCAAUAUGGAGAAGAUGGGGAGGUUACGGCUGUCGCUUGCGCUGCUUCGGAAUGGCUGGCUAAGCUGAGGGUUGGCUGGGGGCUGUCGAGCGAAGACUGGCCGGACUCGAUUUUCGUGCAGCCGCUUUCUCGGAGUUUGGGUGGGUAG